AUGAUUGGGUGCCAGACAAGAAGAGCAGGUUGGGGUGGGAGACCGUCCCUCAGCCCCACUCUUCUGCCUUCCUUGAUUCAAGUGGCCAGAAGCUGUACACAGAGGUCUGGGGUCUGAAGAGAGCCAGCUACAGAUGAAGGACCCAAGAAGACCUUGGCUCGGACCUCUGCCAGAUGGGGUUCGAACAGGAUAGAAGGUGGUUUGCUCAGACUCCAGGCUCUGACCUUUUCUCCUGCCAUGAGGUGGGGCUGCCAUUUGCCCAGGGCCUCUUGGGGUCCUGGUCUGGGAAGAGUACUCCAGCCAGCAGAUGAACGUAUCCCUUUCCUGAUCCACUGGAGUUGGCCCCUUAGAGGGCAGCGACCCCUUGGGCCCCCUAGGGCCUUUAUACGCCACCACGGAAGCUCAGCGGACAGUGAUCCCCCACCAGGGAGGCACAGGCUGUUGUUCCAGGGCGCUGCUGAAACUGAAGCCAUCCAGCAGCACCGCCGGAACCUGGCUGAGUGGUUCAGCCGGCUGCCCAGGGAAGAGCGCCAGUUCGGCCCGACCUUUGCACUAGACACAGUCCACGUGGACCCUGUGAUCCGAGAGAGCACCCCCGAUGAGCUGCUCCGCCCUACGGCUGAGUUGGCCCUGGAGCAUCAUCCACCCUCUGCCGGGCUCCCCCCACUGGCCCUGUCUCAGCUCUUUGACCCAGAUGCCUGCGGGCGCCGGGUGCAGACCGUGGUGCUCUAUGGAACGGUGGGCACUGGCAAGAGCACGCUGGUGCGCAAGAUGGUUCUGGAUUGGUGUUAUGGGCGGCUGCCAGCCUUCGAGCUGCUCAUCCCCUUCUCCUGCGAGGACCUGUCAUCUCUGGGCCCUGCACCAUCCUCCUUGUGCCAACUGGUGGCCCAGCGCUACACGCCCCUGAAGGAGAUUCUGCCUCUGAUGGCCGCUGCAGGCUCCCGCCUCCUCUUUGUGCUCCAUGGCCUAGAGCAUCUCAACCUCAAUUUCCGGUUGGCGGACACAGGGCUUUGCAGUGACCUUGAGGAGCCAAAGGCACCAGCUGCCAUCAUUGUCAAUCUGUUGCGCAAAUACAUGUUGCCGGAGGCCAGUAUUCUGGUGACCACCCGGCCCUCUGCCAUUGGCCGCAUCCCCAGCAAGUAUGUGGGCCGCUAUGGCGAGAUCUGUGGCUUCUCUGAUACCAACCUACAGAAGCUCUACUUCCAGCUCCGCCUCAACCAGCCAGACUGCGAGCACGGAGCUGGGGGAGCGGGUGUCUCGGCCACGCUGGCUCAGCAUGACAACCUGGUGGAGAUGCUCUCCCGGAACCUGGAGGGGCACCACCAGAUCGCUGCCGCCUGCUUCCUGCCCUCCUACUGCUGGCUUGUCUGUGCCACCUUGCACUUCCUGCAUGCCCCCACGCCUGCCGGCCAGACCCUCACAAGCAUCUACACCAGCUUCCUGCGUCUAAACUUCAGUGGGGAGAUGCUGGACAGCACUGACCCCUCCAAGUUGUCCCUGAUGGCCUAUGCAGCCCGAACCAUGGGCAAGUUGGCCUAUGAGGGGGUGUCCUCCCGCAAGACCUACUUUUCUGAAGAGGAUGUCCGUGGCUGCCUGGAAGCUGGCAUCAAGACAGAGGAGGAGUUUCAGCUGCUGCAUGUCUUCCGCCGGGAUGCCCUGAGGUUUUUUCUAGCCCCAUGUGUGGAGCCAGGGCACCCGGGUACCUUCGUGUUCACUGUGCCCGCCAUGCAGGAAUACCUGGCUGCCCUCUACAUUGUGCUGGGCUUGCGGAAGACAACUCUGCAGCGGGUAGGCAAGGAGGUGGCCGAGUUCGUGGGCCGAGUCGGGGAGGACGUCAGCCUGGUCCUGGGCAUCAUGGCCAAGCUGCUGCCCCUGCGGGCCCUGCCCCUGCUCUUCAACCUGCUCAAGGUGGUUCCACGGGUGUUUGGGCGCGUGGUAGGUAAGAGCCGCGAGGCAGUGGCCCAGGCCAUGGUGCUGGAGAUGUUCCGAGAGGAGGACUACUAUAAUGACGACGUCCUGGACCAGAUAGGUGCCAGCAUCCUGGGCGUGGAGGGCCCUCGGCGCCACCCGGAUGAGCCCCCAGAUGAUGAGGUCUUUGAGCUUUUCCCCAUGUUCAUGGGCGGGCUCCUCUCUGCUCACAGCCGCGCCGUGCUGGCUCAGCUCGGCUGCCCCAUCAAGACCCUCGAUGCCCUGGAGAAUGCCCAGGCCAUCAAGAAGAAGCUAGGCAAGCUGGGCCGGCAGGUGCUGCCCCCCUCGGAGCUCCUUGACCACCUCUUCUUCCACUAUGAGUUCCAAAAUCAGCGUUUCUCCGCUGAGGUGCUGGGCUCCCUGCGCCAGCUCAACCUGGCCGGCGUGCGCAUGACGCCCCUCAAGUGCACGGUGGUGGCAGCUGUCCUGGGCAGCGGGAGGCAUGCUCUGGAUGAGGUGAACCUGGCCUCCUGCCAGCUGGACCCCAUGGGGCUGCGCACACUCAGGCCUGUCUUCCUGCGUGCCCGGAAGCUGGGCUUGCAACUCAACAGCCUGGGCCCUGAGGCCUGCAGGGACCUCCGAGACCUGCUGCUGCAUGACCAGUGCCAAGUCACCACCCUGCGGUUGUCCAACAACCCACUGACUGCGGCAGGUGUGGCCCUGCUGAUGGAGGGGCUGGCAGGAAAUACCUCCCUAAAACACCUGUCUCUGCUGCACACGGGCCUCGGGGACGAGGGCCUAGAGCUGCUGGCUGCCCAGCUGGACCGUAACCAGCAGCUACAGGAGCUGAACGUGGCCUACAAUGGUGCUGGUGACACAGCGGCCCUGGCCUUAGCCAAGGCUGCCCGGGAGCACCCUUCCCUGGAGCUGCUGCACCUCUACUUCAAUGAGCUGAGCUCAGAGGGCCGGCAGGCCCUGCGGGACAUGGGCAGUACCACAGAAGGCGGUGCCCGGGUCGUAGUGUCACUUACGGAGGGGACAGCAGUGUCCGAGUACUGGUCGGUGAUCCUGGGUGAAGUCCAGCGGAAUCUCAACAGCUGGGAUCGGGGCCGGGUCCGGCGCCACCUUGAGCUGCUACUUCGGGAUCUGGAAGAUAACCGGGGAGCCACCCUUAAUCCUUGGCGUAAGGCCCAGCUGCUUCGAGUGGAGAGCGAGGUCAAGGCCCUCCUGGAGCAGCUGGGAGGCCCAGGAACCUGAGACAGUGGCAGCAGGCACCUGGUUGUGUGUCCCUUGGCCCCAAGCCCCUUCGGUCUGUGGCCUCCUGCCUUGUACUAUCGCUUCUAGAAAGAGCCCCUCAGGGCUGGAGGCAAAAGAAGGGGCACAGCUGUGCCACUUACCCUCCUGGAGCAUGUCCAACCAAUGUUCUCAAGUCUGGAGUUUCCAGGAUCAUGGAACAUGUUGGGAGGACUGGAGGAUGUGGCAUUUUGGUGGCCAUAUUGCUGUGUAGCACCACCACCAACCUUGCCCCUGCCACCUCUCAAGGAGCCUCGGAUUGUGCCACCAGGGGGCGCGCUUCUUACAUCAGCCUUGCCGUGGGUGUUGCCAUCCAGAUGUGGUGAGGGCCUCGGAGUCCUGCUUUUAUGCUUUCUGUGGACACUCAGGAUGCCAGCAGCCACUUUCCUCUCUCACUGGUGCUGUUACCUCAUCCUCAUACCCCCUUUAUCGCAAUGGUACUUAAGCUCAGGGGCCCCUAGGGGCUUGGGUGCUGAUUUGUUGCAAUUAAAGAGCUGUGUCUUCCA